AUGGAUAAAAAGCGUUCUGUUAAUUUAACGCAAGAAAAUAUUUCUCGUAAAUCAAAAGAAUCUGCGAGAAAAACUAGAGAUGUGUGCAAGGAAUCCUCUAGUUCGUCCCACACUCACAUCUUCAGGCAAAACAAAAAAGAUAAGAAUUACGUGAGAAUUACAAGUGAUGAGUACCUGGGCAUUUUGGAAUCGGAAUCAGGAAGAUCAGAUUCGUUUGGGUGCCGCCAUGGUGCAAGUCGUUAUUCCGCAGUGACCCGGUUGAAGAACUUCGAAGAAGAUCCCGCGCGGCGACUCGAUUGCCCCGCGGUGGUUGAGUCCAUCGGAUGGGAAGUGGCGGUCACGCUAAAGUUCCUAAUCACAGAUCCCGUCGCCAGCCAGAACACAGAGAGACUACAGGCACACAUACAAGAUCUUGCUACCGUAGCUCACGCCGGAUAUCGAGUAGACGUUCUAGACAGUCUAACCGCCAUAUUAGACUACGUGGUAGAGAAUCUGGAGAAGAAGCCCUGUCUACGCGAUGGGCUGAUAUUACUCUUGCAGCGCUUGGAGAAGCCGAUUUUGCUGAAAACCAUGUCCGACAUAGAAACACAACAAGAAACUCUAAGAAAUUACUUUGGCUUCCUUGGGUAUCUUCUGUUGCGGAUGGAGCAGGAUGAUCUGUUUGAGCCGGUUGCUCGCGCGGUGCUGUGGCAGUUGUCUGCUGACGACGCUGCACGCGGCUUGGGCGCUCUAUGUAGAAGGUGCCCCGCUCAUUGCCACUUGGGCUACGUGACUCGUCGCAAAGCAAAGCAGUUCGUCGAAGUGGCAAAGGGUGGGCCAGUGGCAAUGCAGCGAGUUGAGCUAUGUAGCUUAAAAGUUUGGCACGAUUAUGGCGAGGCUUCCGUGUGUGGCGACACUAGGCCUUCUGGCCAUCAAAAUAGGCUGAUGAUGAUGACUGUCGCAAGGCACGCGCUGACUGCGGCCAGUGCUCUGCUGCCGGUCACAGUGUCGAGGAUGCUGGCUCUCGCCCCUGAGCUACGCUUCCCCGCCUUCCUGCAGACGGCUUUGCUACUGGCGUGCCACUCCGUCGACUGCUGUGCCGAAAUGAUCAAGGAAAAUAUUAUCGAGAACAUUUUUUAUCGGUUUAAUCCUUACUUUCCUAUGAAACAGUUGCCUGGCUAUGAGGAGAAUCCCUUAGAUCCACAGGAUUGUAAUGUUAAAUUAGGUGCAAGCAGCAUCCAUAUAUCUAAUACCAUGUCAUUGCUUUUGGUUCUGGUAAGAACUCUGAAGACUUUGUUGGACGUGAAUUACGAUACUGCUGAAACGUUUCCCUGUCCAGACUUUUAUGCUCAAAGGUGUUUUUUAUGGGCGUACCGAUACGAAUGUCGCGCGAGAGGACGCCGACACGAAAGGAUGACCCUCACAGUGAUAGCACAUGCACUGCUCAGCUGCUUCGGACACCGCCUCACUGCGUUCUCUGCUCUGCUGAUGCCAGAUGUGAUGUCUCUUUCUGUGUUUACUGAAAUCCGUCCAAAGCAACUCUGGAUACAGAGUGUUGGGUUCAACACAUCACAAUUGGAUGCCCAAUUCAAGAAUAUGCUUAUCUUCCUCUCAGUUGACCUCCUCAAAACCUUUCCUUGUAAUAAGUUUAUGAUACAAUCUCAGUACUGGCUCCUAGGUAUGAUGUUUUUACUGGACCCUGGCCUGAGCCACCUUAGAUGGCACUGGUCACCCUCUCUUUAUGCCGAGAUUCGAAAGACAACGUUACAAGCUUUAGUGUGCACAAUGUAUCUCAUGCCGACCAAAUUGAUUGAGGAAUAUGAAAUCAUAAGACGAAUAAUGUGGUACAUCGAAUGGUACUCGGAAUGUCCUUACGAGCUGUCGCUGCUGUACUGGUGUGUGAGACUGUUGGACGUGGCAGUGCUCGGCCGGGACGAAGACCCACCCGCUCAUCUUCUGGGGGACCUCUUCGACACACACGGAAUCAUUAUACUGAUGCAUCUAUGUUACACAUUGCUCGAACAACGUUGCCCGCCUGUGGAGAAGAGCCAAGUGGUGCUGUCAUUAGCGGUGCGGUUACUAACGAGUGCGCUGGCCGCUGACAGGUGCGUCACAUGCUGUGUGUACCCGCUGGUCACGUGGCCCGCCUCCAUCAACACACUGACCACGAAGAUGCUCGAUAUAGUGCUGUUUUCGCUUGACAAACAUUUACUUGUUAAUGACAGAUGGUUAAUAUCAUUGUUGGACUUGAUAUGGGAGGCAAUUAUAUGGAAGAAGGAAUCGAGAGAGAAAUUCGUACUGAAAAACGGGGUUUAUAAUCUUUUGGACGUGGUUACUAUGAGCAAACCCCCUGUGCAAUGCUUGGCGCUGGCGAUGCUGUGCGACUUGGCGCGAGCAGGCGGUGCGGUCGCCCAACUGAUCACUUGGCGAGCCAACCUUGGCGCUUCCAAUGCGACUCCAAGGUUAGUAAAGCGAGGUGCAACUAUUGCGAGUCUCUUGGCGACUGUGUUUAGAGAGGACUGUGUCUCUAGCGGCGUGCCUCUCAACGUCUGCGGCAUCCUACAGGAACUGGAUUGUCCGCUCAUGUGCACUGAAGUACGAAAGGAAUUGCAGAACCCUCAGCUCUGUACGGGUCCUCACCAAUCCCCUUUCGCGAGCUUGGUGGUCGCUGGGAUGGCAGCCUCCCGGAUGUCCAAGGCGUACGCAAUUUUACAAAUCCUAACCGAAGACUUACAACAUAAGGUGUCUGUAGCAGAUGAGGCCUACAAUAUGUACAAGAACGUAAAAUUGAAGCCUAACGAAGAGACAAUCUUGCUGCUGUGCGCACACUUUCUGACUCUGAAGCUCAACGAGACGUGGGCCGAAGCGAAGGCUCAAAGUAAUCGUCUUCUGCCACCAGACCAAGAGCUCUUGAACGAGUUUUUACAAAUAAAUGGCGGAUGGGCAAAAGAAAUAAAAAAGCAACAAGAAGAUGUGAUAAAGAAACAUGAACAAAAGGACGUUAGCGAAGAAAAAUCCUUGUACGCAUUCUUGGCUCAAGUGCGUCUCAACAUCGCUCUGGAUGCAAUGCGCGAGGUGCGCUGCGCAGGUCGCACCGCCGCACUGGCUUGCCGCACACUGCAACCGACGCCGCAACCCGCAGUAGCGUUAGACCGUGCGGUUAUCUCGACCUACCGACCGCCACUCGACGACUCGAACCCGACCGGCCAGUAUGUUAAAGUGCACAGCAUUCCGACCAAGAACCGACAAUAAAGAACGUUAAGAGUCAAACUUAAGGAAAUUAUAGAAGCCUGAAAAAAACAUAAUUAUUUAUAAUGCAUCUGUUUUUAAAAUAAAUAAUUAUAAUCAAAUCGUUUUUUUUUAAUCAAUCAAUCAUCAAACAAAUCAUGUCAGUAGGCUCAGACCAAUUACCUUUGGAUUUGUAUCGCACCCAAAUUCACCAACAACAAGUUGUUGUGGUUUUUUAAGGGAGACUCACGCAUUAAAAAUAUUUAACACCAAUAAAUAUAUUAUGUGUCCUAACCUAAUUUGAUUCGCAAUACACACAUGUAUAAUUUUUACACAACUUAACAAACACAAUUAAACUAAUUUUACAGAAUAAUCGAUUACUUGGCCGAUGCUCUCCUGUUUCGGCUGACGCAUCUAUUCUUUUUAUUUAUUUUUUUUAUUAUAAAUUUGAUACAAUUAAGUAAGAAAUAUUUACUAUUGAAAAUUAACUUCAUCACACUCAACUUAAGCAAACUAGACGGUAUUGACCGUUUUUUAAGGCAUUUUUUUGGAGUUUAUUCACACGUCGAUAACGAAUACAACAAUAAAUGAUUUAUUCUAUAGAAACAGUUUUUAUAAUCGCGGUAGAUCGUUGAUCUUGUACUUUGACAGAGGAGUAUCUAGCGAUAUAGGUCCCUAUAUAAUUCGUCUGAGUCAAGAGGCAACGAGACAAUAACAUUUUAAUUGUAGCAAAUUUAGCAUUUUCGGAACAAUAAGGAUAGAAAAUGUUGAUCCAGGUUAUAAUAUUAUAAUCGUACUCUGC